AUGCAGCUCCCCAGCGCCAUUACCCUCACCGCCUUAUUGGCCUCAUUCGCCAUGAGUACACGCGCAGUUUACCCCCCUCGCAACGAUUACAUCAUGAGCAUGGGACUCAACUGGUCAAAUGGCUAUCAGUCGGCCUAUAAUUCCAAAGGGGAGGACGCAUUCCGUUGGUUCAAGGAUUACGAUAAGCCUCGCAAAGGGAUCUCGACGUCUAGACUUGCGGACGGAUCUUCCACAACGUUGUUUGCACUUACUUCGUACAAAAAUCUCAACGAUGCAUGGGCAGAACGGGAUUAUAGGCUUCAACUCAGACAGUUCCGAAGCGAUUUAUGGCACUUCAACUACCCCGACAAAUCAGGUACCCGAAGAUACUACAGGUUCAACAAAAACUCUUCCAACAUGGGUGGUCGGAUUUAUAGGGUGUCCCUGGAUCAACCUGAAGUACCAGAAGGGCUAUUGAGAACCCAGAUGCGGUACGAUACCUGGUGGAAAGAUCCCAAAGGCCGCGAGGCUUUUACCCUUUCAAUUGUUGAUCAGGCUUCAGUGGUGGGUCACCCACUUGAAAAUAUCCAGUCUUUUCGAAAGACUGCAGAGUCCUGA